AUGCAACAUAAGGAUCAAAACCAAAAUAAUCAGUCUUCUUUCACACACUUUGUUCUCUUGGGAUUCUCUGAGGUUCAUGAGCUACAGAUUUUAGUCUUCUUUGUGUUUGUUGUUUACUAUUUGUUCGCCGUUGGAGUGAAUCUUCUCAUCAUCUCUGCAGUAGCUACUGACCGCCAUUUACAUAGUCCCAUGUACUUCUUUCUGAUGAACUUGGCCAUACAAGAUGUUGGACAAGUUUCAGUCAUUUUCCCCAAAACCAUGGCAAAUUCCCUCAUGGGUAAUAGACAGAUUUCGUAUUCUGGAUGUGUUGCUCAAGUUCUUUUUUAUAUUUUCUUUGUAGCGUCUGAUUUAUUUCUUCUCACAGUUAUGGCAUACGAUCGGUAUGUUGCAAUUUGCAAUCCAUUACAAUAUGAGAUGUUGAUGAACAAACAAGCUUGCCUUCAAAUGAUUUCUAUUGUCUGGAUCAGCAGCUUUGUUUAUGGAGUCUUACAUGCUGGUGGUACUUUUGCAGUCUCCUUUUGUUCCAAAUUUAUCAGUCACAUUUUCUGUGAAAUCCCACAGUUAAUGAAACUUGCCUGCUCUGACUUGUACCUUAUUGAAGUAGGCUUUCUUUUCCUAGGUGCUGUGCUUGGAGUAGGGUGUUUUAUUUUCAUCAUUGUGACAUAUGCACACAUCUUUUCUGCAGUGUUAAAAAUUCCAUCCAUGCAGGGAAGGAAGAAAGCUUUUUCAACGUGCCUUCCGCACCUCAUUGUGGUUUUCAUAUUUUUAUCUACAGGAUGCCCUGUUUAUAUCAAGCCCUCCUCUAAUUCUCCAUUAUACCUAGAUGUAGCCUUGACUAUAUUAUAUUCCAUGGUUCCCCCUUUAAUGAACCCAAUAAUCUACAGCAUGAGAAAUAAGGAAAUAAAGAAUUCUCUAUCCAAGAUUUUAGGCUUAAAAUAA